GCCAUUGGUCAGCGACAGGCUGCUUCUGGUUGAAGGUGGAGUGGAUCAAGCUGCAAGGCCAAACGGUGGAGGGUAGACUAGACAGAUUCGACAAUGGCGAAAACUGUGUUUGUUUAUUAACAAAAUCAAGAGAUGGGCUUUUAUAGAUUUUAAUUUUUCUGAUAACGUACAUCCUACUCCGGAACAAAAUAUAUCACAGAAUCAAUGCUUUUGAAAUGACAAAUAACGGCAUGGUCAACGAGUGCGACUUGAAAAAUGACAGCCAAACAGACGAGAAACGAAGAGGCAUGGUGUGCAGAGACUUUCUGCGUAACAGCUGUUGGCGGGGUUCCGGCUGCAAGUUCCAGCAUCCUGAAAGUCCGCGCCAGGUGAUCGCCUUCUGUCACGACUUUCAAAAUGGCGACUGCCGGCGUACCAACUCCUGCCGCUUCAUUCACAGCUCCGUUGAGGAUGAGAUGUACUAUAAGCACACUGGAGAGCUGCCGCCACACUUGCUGCAGCGGGCUGAAGUACAACAGCAGUUGAAUUCGCAGUCGCCAUCGAGAGAAGAGCAGACGCCUCCAGCGCCGCCCCCGCAGGAGCAGCAGCAACAACUGUCGCCGGUGGCCGUCUGCAACCUGAAGCACCUGACCGAGUACAAGCGACUGGUGGCUACUUCGCCGCCCCCCAUCCACCACCUCCAGCCUCCGCCCCUGGACACCGAGGACUUGUUUCCCGCCCGGCGGCGGAUGAUAUUCGACUAUGAGCCUGAGACUAAGCGGCGGAGGGGCAUUCUCGAGGAAGGUGAUAUAGUGCUACGUGCAAAUGGCUACAUGGCAAGACCGAGCCAUGAGCAUAUCAGACCUUACAUGAUGAUGGAGGAGGAAAAUAUGCUGCUCAGAGCCAAGAUUAGUGAAUUGAAGAAACGAGUCGACGAUUUACAGGCGACAAAUGAGUUUUUGCUGGAACAGAACGCGCAACUGCGAAUCAGCGACAAAACGAGCACUGCCGGUCUGACUACGGUCACUGUUCCUGCAGUUACCAUCACCAACACUGUUCCCGGAGCCGGUCAAAUGCAGCAGGCGCCAACUCCGCAGCAGAUGGUGAACGCGGCGAUCCGCACGGUGACGGCGAGCGUAGCGACGGUGCCAGUGUCAAUAGCGACGGUGACGCCGGUGUCAAUAGCGGCGGUGUCAAUGGCGCCGGUGCAGCCAACAAUGGCGCCCAUUGUGACAAUGGCAUCAGCUGCCCCCGUCGACGUGUCGCAUCAGGCGUCGGUGGCAGUCGGCGUUGGCGAGCCCAUCAGUCUGCAGCUGCCCAUCAGUACCGCCCCACCGCCCACCUACCCCAUCUUGUCGCGGCCGCCCCAACUCUUGCAGCCCACUGAUCUCAGGCAUUGAACACGCAGUCAACAUCCGGUGUCUAAUCCAGAAUUGAAUUCCAGUCAAUCUGUUAUCCAGUACAGCGGAAUUUGAGUGAAAAGUUCGAAAAACGUUCAGCUUUUCAAAUUAAUGAAUUUUAUGUGAUAGACUUGAUAUUAGUUAGUUUUUCUGUAAACCUUGUUAUUUUAUUUGUUUUUUUAGAAUUUAAUUUCUUAUAAUAUGUGGAUUAGUUGUGUUUUUAUUUAGUACACUUGAAAAUCAUUCUAAAAUACAAUUUACAGUAAUCACGUGCUAUGAAUAACAAGUUCAAUUUUUAACUAGGAGAGUUGAAUAUAAUAUGAAGGGCAUAAUGCGCUUUAUAAAUUUAGUUGGAGUGAUAUUCAAUAUUCAUUCAAAAUAAGACAGGUCACUAUUAGUGAUUCGAACUAAGAAAUUCUGGCGGUCAACUACUUGUAAUAGUUUUUUUAUGAAUCAAAUUCUGCAAAACAUAACUUCAUACAAAGCAGUCUUGAUAAUUAUUUCUCAAUAUUCAGUCUCAUUAAUAGAUUAUAAUCUCAUAAAUAUCCAAACCAAAAAUCACAUUUAAUGUAAAUAAUUAACGUUGAGUGUGUUUCUUUUCCCUGACUAGCCCUAGAAUUGCAUCUUAUUCUACUGAACCAUUUUAUUGUGUAGCUCUGUAGUUGGAAUACUUUCAUAGUACAAAACUAGCCUAACGUUCAAAUUCACUCUGUCCUCAAACGUUCAAUGUACAGCAUGUCUACAGUUUAUAUUGAAACUGGUUUUAGUGAAUUAAAUUCUCAUAAGCACUUCUACUUGAUUCACAAAACACUCCAUAACAGAGCAUUAGGGUACAUUGAUUUUAAAUUUUGUGUAAUUUCUUAAUAUCUAUUGUACAGAUAUUUCUAUCUUCAUGUGUAAAUUUAGAAGAAAACUUAUUUUUCAAUUUAGACUACAGUAUAAGUAUUUUUGUAUAUAUCAAUAGCCAACCAAUUAAAUCAGAUACAAAGGAUAAUAUUAAAAUUUAGCAGUUUUAUUACUGUAAAGUUAAAUUGCACCAUUAAAAUUAUGCCAAGUAUCAAAAGUAAUAAUUUACUUUGCACCACCUUAUAAUAUCAACUCGUUAAAUUUUACUGAAUUUAAUUGAUUCAAAGAUAUUAUUGUAAAUAUUUGAAUGUUUUUAUAUUGUUUGAUUGUUUGAAUCAAAACUGUACAUUUUUUCACUUUUAACUUUUCAAUAUUGUAUUAUAAAUGCAAAAUAUCGUAUCUUAAGUUUAUAUUUGCCUAUUAUAUUUUCAUAUAAGCCGUCAUUCAGAUCUAGAUAAAACUUACAAUAUUUACUGAUUAAGAGUUCACUUUUACUGAAAAAGAGUACAAUACAUUUACUGAUAUAAUUUUCUAUUAUUUUAUAUAGAGUGGCCGUAGUCGAGUGGAUUAGAUGCUGGCUUUAUGAUUCAGAGGCCAAGGUUCAAAUCCCGGCCUGGGCAAGAUAUUUAUCUCGUGCCACUCCCGUGUUUCAAAUGGACACGUUAACCGUCGGUCCCGGCUGCCUAAAAGUCAUUACCUAACGACUGUUAGAGGCUCUGAAAUUAAUCAGUUGCAAACUGAAACUCUGACACCAUACCUGAGCCAGCCAGGUCACUCGAUAUUUUUAUUAUAUUUUCUAUUGGACUGAACAUAUGCCAUUGAAUGAAUGUAAAAUGUUACUAUCAUUAUUACAUUUUUCAUCGAUUAAUUUUAUUUCAAUUGAUUUGAAAUUAGCAUUGAUCAGCAUUUGUGUUAGUCUGGUAGAAAUAUGUACAAAUCUGUUUCAAUUCUCAAUUAAUUUGCUGCGGUACCUUUUGUUAUCUGAGUGUGAUAAAAUUCAAAUUUCUCAAAAUGAGCCAAUAUUUGUCUUUAUCAAGCAAUAAUUCUAUACCAGUUAGUCUUAUGUAUCCUUAUGGAUGAUAUAGGCUUUUUACUGCACCUAUUUUUGUUGUAUGCAAGUUUGCUUAUGGCUUCCAUUGGCGAAGGGAUUUGCUUUGAUGUGCCGCCCCGCCUAUAACCCAAUAUUCCUUCCAAAAAGUGGACUUUGAUCAUGCCUCCUAAAAUGUACACUUUAUCAUUUUAUCACUAACAUGUUCAAAAACAUGACAUAAAUUGUUCCAUGUUGUCAAACUGUUUUAAAAAUAUUUUGAACCAUUUUAUCUGUGGUUGUUUUUUCAUUUUAUAAGAAAGUUCAUUUUAUAAUUUAAGUUUUGUGCAUUCAUUUAGAAACAAAUAUUAAAUAUGUACAGCAGUUGGUAUCAGAUCAUUUAUGUUCAUCUUCCGAAGAAGCUUUUAUUAAAGUAGCUGUGCUGUGAUAAAUUUUGGACUCUUGCUCUGAAAUUAUUUUAUUUGUCUUUGUAUCGAGUGCAGUGUAAAUUCGCCUGAAAUGUACGUAAGUUUUGUUUAGUGUCGCAUUUAUUGAGUUUGAUCUAAAUAAUCACAAAAAAAUAAUGAUGUAUAAUAAUAUAACGAUCGGGGUUUAUUUUAAUUUUUUAGAUCUUUAACAGGCUGAAUAUGAUUAUGAAUUGGAUUGAAAUAUAGUGAUAUUCUAAGAAA